UUUCUAGCACACUGCUAAACACUGUAAAAUGUUGGCGAACGAAACGAACAAGCUGCUGCUCUCCUCGCAGCAGGAAAAGCCCAAUCACUACACAUACCUGAAGGAGUUCCGCGUGGAGCAGUGCCAGUCCUUUCUGCAGCACAAGUGCAACCAGCAUCGCCCCUUCGUCUGCUUCAAUUGGCAUUUUCAAAACCAGCGUCGGCGUCGCCCCGUUCGAAAACGCGACGGGACUUUCAACUACAGUGCGGAUAACUAUUGCACCAAAUACGAUGAAACCACUGGCAUUUGUCCCGAGGGCGACGAAUGCCCCUUUUUACACCGCACUGCUGGCGACACCGAGAGGCGCUACCACUUGCGCUACUACAAGACAUGCAUGUGCGUCCACGACACCGACAGCCGAGGAUACUGCGUCAAGAACGGACUUCACUGCGCCUUUGCCCACGGAAUGCAGGACCAGCGCCCACCGGUCUAUGACAUCAAAGAGCUGGAGACCCUGCAGAAUGCAGAGAGCACCCUGGACAGCACUAAUGCUCUGAAUGCCCUAGACAAGGAACGCAAUCUGAUGAACGAGGAUCCCAAGUGGCAGGACACCAACUAUGUGCUGGCCAACUACAAGACAGAGCCCUGCAAGCGCCCACCGCGCUUGUGCCGCCAGGGAUACGCUUGUCCACAGUACCACAACAGCAAGGACAAGCGACGCUCGCCCAGGAAGUACAAGUACAGGUCGACUCCUUGCCCGAAUGUCAAGCACGGCGAGGAAUGGGGCGAACCGGGCAACUGCGAGGCCGGCGACAACUGCCAGUACUGCCACACACGCACCGAACAGCAGUUCCAUCCGGAGAUCUACAAGUCGACCAAGUGCAACGAUGUCCAGCAGGCCGGCUACUGUCCGCGCAGCGUCUUCUGCGCCUUUGCCCACGUGGAACCAUGUUCAAUUGCCGAGGAGAAGACGUGGGAUCACGAGGUGUCCCUAAGCGAGCUUAUUUCCAAUGCCUUGCCCGACCUUCAGGCCCAGGAUGCAUUCCAAAGGGGCGAUAAUUUGUUGAACAUUGAUGGUAAUAGUACCAAUAAAAUGUUGGUAGAUGCUUUGGAAAACACAACAAAUUCCAGCAAAUUUUUAAGUUUCUCACGACCCAUGGACAGUCGUUCUUGCUCACUGGACGAUCCGCGCGAGAACUCACUGUCGUCGAGUCUGGCCAAUACUAGCUUAUUAACACGUUCCUCGGCGCCAAUUAACAUUCCUAAUACGACUCUAAGUAACUCAAUUAACGAUUUCAACUCAGGUGGCUUCGCCGUCAACAUUCCCAGCAGCUCGCUCACCUACAGUCCCACCAACCAUGCCAAUCUCUUCAAUGUGGACGCCUUCAACUACGGCGGCUCCAACAAGCUCAGCAAUUCACUCUCGGCCACCCAGAACGAGAGCAGUCUCUUCUUCCCAUCGCGCAUCAUAUCGCCCGGAUUUGGCGACGGGCUGUCGAUCAGUCCCUCGGUCAGGAUAUCCGAAUUGAAUACCAUACGCGACGACAUCAACAGCAGCUCAGUGGGAAAUAAUCUGUUUGAAAACACUCUGAAUUCGGGCAAGAAUGCUUUCAGUCUGCAAUCGCUGCAGUCGCAAAACCACAGCGACCUGGGCCGCAUCACCAACGAGCUGCUCACGAAGAAUGCUCAGAUCCACAAGUUGAACGGUCGCUACGAGGACAUGGCUUGCAAGCUGAAGAUCGCCGAGUUGCAUCGCGACAAGGCCAAGCAGGAGGCACAGGAGUGGAAGGAGCGCUACGAUCUGGCCCAGAUCCAACUUAACUUGCCGGCAGAGCUGCGGGAUCUAUCCAUACAAAAAUUGAAGCAAUUGCAGUCAAAGCUGCGCACUGACUUGGAGGAGGUCGACAAAGUAUUAUAUUUAGAAAACGCCAAGAAGUGCAUGAAGUGCGAAGAAAACAAUCGUACGGUUACCCUGGAGCCGUGCAACCACCUGUCCAUCUGCAAUUCUUGCGCUGGCUCGGUCACCGAGUGCCCCUACUGUCAGGUGCCGGUGAUAACCACACACACCUAGAACAUGUUUUAUCAGCAACAGGACCACAAGUGGCCCUUUGGCUGAAAAUCGGAUGCCGAAGAAGAUCGGAUGGAUCAUGGGGAUCAAUGGCGCGAACAGCAUGACAAUGUGGUACUCACAAAGCAAACUUUAGUCAUAAGCAAAAAGUUGAAACUUUUGAUCGGUUAGGAGAUGCCACAUGCCACAUGUGCGUGUGGCAAAGAAUAUAUAAUUUAUAUUUCCACUCUACGCAAAUUAUCGUCAUGAAUAUUAGCAAUUACUAGGCACAAACUAUUAAUUGAAUUAGAUAGCAGCUCUAAACAAUUAAGUAUGUAAUUUUAUUUUUGUUCAUUUUUUUCUCAUAACGACUACAGGAAAAAGUUUUAAAUUUGAUUUUUUUUACUAUGCUUUUAUGUCACCAACUAUUUUAAUUUUGUUUAAUAUUUUCUGUCUUUAGGCAUACAAAUUAUCGUUUAAUCUAAUCAACUGCACGAAUUUGCAAUAUCUCAUUUAUUUUUUUAACCAUAUAUUUUGUGUAUCUCUAUAUUUGUAUUGAAAUAUGCUACACUUUCAGUCAUAUUGUACUUUUCACUAGUAUUACUUAAGAAAUUAUGAGAACUAGGCCAUUACAAGAUGUAAUUGGUUGAAUGAUAUGAUAAAUAUAUAAUAUAUUAAUUUUUCUAGACACUUUUAGCAAUUGACUAUUAACAAAUUUAUAGAAAUCAACAAAUUGAACAAGUUAAUAAUCUUUAACAAUGUAUUGUCGCAUAGGAGAGCAGCAAACAACCACAAACAAACAAAAACCACCAGUGAUUUUAUAUAAGCCGAUUUUCAAACUGUAUUUUAUAUGUAUGUGUUUCGAACUUGUGAAAGCAGACUACAACUGAAAGCCAAGACAAGCGUCAUAAAAUCUAUGUAACUGACAGGUAAUUAAUCUUAGUCGUACUCGCUUCAAUUUUUUUUCCAACUGCACAAAAGUAAUUAUAGACGUUAAACUGAAAUGUAACUGAAUGCGACAACGCUUUUCCUUAUCGAGAGUUCAUUUUGUUUUCUGAAAAACAAGUUGAAUGUAUUAAGACACUUUGCUUUUAUUUAGGCUUUGGUGGGAUCAGCGUUUGUUAACCAAUGCCAAUAACCAGCCACAAAAUUACGAACUUACGUAUAUACUCUAUUAGGUUAUUUUGUGAUUUAAAUAGUGCUUUAAGUACUUACGUUGCAGCUGACUUCAAUCUUCAUUUUACUUUCGUAGUCUCAACCGGACGCUUCCACUUAGUAACGGCAAAAACAAAAUAAUCGUCAAUGUCAGAACGUAAUAUUUAAGAUAUAUAAAUCAAGCAUUUGGCUGAUGGUACAAGAACGAAUAUGAAUAGAUAUAUAUAUUUAUGGAAAAAUUGAACGCAGAUUCGACGAGUGUGAUGUAGAAAGCAUAAACAAUAAAAGUAACUCGAUACAGCGAAAUGAACAGAGUUUAAUGAAAAUGUUAACCAGAGUUAAUGUAAAACCGUCUUCAAAAACCAUUGUAUUUUUUCUGCAAAAAUAAAGUUAUAAAAAGUAAUCAAUUGGUAUCUGUGGACAAUGUUGAACGAAGCUGAAACGUCUUGUUAGCUAGUUGAGUUAAAUUGAUAAACAUGUAAUCAAAACGGAACUGUUUUGGGAGUGAAUUGAAAAUGAAACUGCAUAGGCAUUUAUUGGAAACAAAAGCAACACUAUAAAGAUAUACAAAAAAUAAGAAAACGAUAAAAUAUUAUAUUACAAAGCUAAGUAACUAGGAAAGGCAGCGCAAAGGCUUUUAUCUCUGUGUGUGUUUGUACUGUGUUUUGUAGAAGCCAAAUCAUCAAGAAAUACAAAUUAAUAAACAUAACAAUAAGCAAAAAUGUGUGUUAACUUAUAAAUGCUUUAAUAGUUUAUGACAAAAUGUACACAAAAGAACUAAAAAUCACGAGAACAAAUAAUGAGAAAAUUGGUUUUAUAAUGGAGCUGUUGAGUCGCAAAUCUAGUGUGUGUAAUACCAGACUAAACUACAUGCAUACCUCUCUCAGAAUAUCCUUGACUCUCAUCGACCGGGCACAGUUUAAACAUUUGCUAAUUUACUUUAUAAAUCUCUGCGAAUAUUCACGGGAUGUCUAUCGACUUACGGGUUUUUCGAACCUCAAUCCAAACCAACCAAUGCAAAGCAAUUUUACAACAUGUCACAAAAUCCAUUUCACGCCAUCUCAACUGAGAAGAAUCAAUGCAUAAACCAGAUCGAAAAGUAUAUUUAUAGAUGACACAUGUAUUUUGUAUACGCUACUGUAAGAGUGAUUUUUAUGUGAUUUUGAAACUACUUGAAUAUGUGAUCCAGAAAUAUAUAAAAAACAAAAAAUAACAAAAAAAAACACAAAUAUUUAUAUGUAAAUGCAAGCUCGCGUCAGCAAACAGCAAUAAAACAAAUCAACUUGACUUUAUGUACAACAAGAAUGACAACAAGAUAAUAUGUUGUAAAGCUCCAGCUCCAUUUAGAAAACAAACGGCAAGGAGGAGAAUUUUAAUAGUUGAACAAAUAUGGACACACAGAAUACUUAAAAAAUUGUCACAUACACGUAGACCAGAAACAUCAAGAUCGUUAAUGUCUAAAAUAUCAAAUUGAAUUAGUAGCUAGCUUAUAGGAUUCUCAAAAUAAAAAUUUAACGGAAGAAAUCUCGAACGAGUAACAACAGCAAAGGCAAUUACUUCUCUAGCUCUAGAACAAAGAACAAAUGUUUGCUACCAAUUGUUUCAACCAUAGUAGUUAAUUCGUAAUAAAUUAACAAAUUAUAGGCAACUGUAACUGAAGGUUUAACAUGAUUAGUUAACCACAAAUAGCAACCAAAUAACAUGAAAACUCUGAACACCGAACAGGAAUUUUAAUGAUGAGUUAUCCUCGUGGAUAACGAGCAAUUCGCAACCGAAAGUACUGUCUAGUAUUUUAAACUUGUCUACAACAAUUAUGAAUCAAAUAGAUUUAUGCAAUUUUGUGCGAACCAAGCCCACACAGACACACACAAUAAGUGAAACACGAUAAACUAAGUGGAAUCAAUAUGAAUAAAUUUAUUUUUUUCUAGAAUACUACAAAUGUGUGUCAAGACCUAAGUGAAAUAAACAGAAUUUGAAACUUUUA